AUCACAGUUGACUUUAGAUUUUGUAUACGGACAAGUAUAAAAUUCCUAGCAAAUGCUGACGUUAAUAACAAGAAAAAGCACGGAGAUUUAGUCAAAUUUUCACUUCCAUUUGCAGAAAUAUUUUCGUAUAAAUUGAUUCGUAAGGGGUUACGACAUUCAAUUGCAUUUUGAUCUUCUUCGAUUUCUACGGUUCUCUAUAAUUUGGAGUUUGGAUUUGAACAAAUGUCGACUGAGGCUCAAGAUUCAAUACCAGAAAGCUCAUCAUCCUUGGGAAUUUGCAGCGAUGAAGCUGGUGAUUUUGAAUGCAAUAUAUGCUUUGAUUUAGCGACAGACCCUAUAAUCACCCUCUGUGGUCAUCUCUAUUGUUGGCCUUGUCUCUGUAAAUGGCUACGGCUUCAUUCCCGAUCCCCCCGAGGAUGCCCGGUUUGUAAGGCCAUAAUUCAAGAGGAAAAGUUGAUUCCUCUAUAUGGCCGAGGGAAGAUUCCAACGGACCCCAGAUCAAAACCCGUUCCUGGCAUCGAAAUCCCUAAUCGAAGAGAACCUGCUCAGUUCCCAGAAGGGACUAAUCUCUCUAAUUUUGUAUCUGGAUUUAUACCAACAUUUGGUAACUAUGGAAUGUCUGCUGGCUUUGGUGGCGCGAAUUUCAGCUUCCAGGUUCAUGGAUUUUCGAAUGCUGGUGGAUAUGGCUCCUCCCGAGGAUAUUCUCGUCCAUUUCGUGGUGCUGAAGGCAACCUCGACGGUCAACAGGCAGAUGGCAUUCUUAAGAGGGUUCAUUUUGUUUUUUUUAUUCUUGUGCUCUUUGCUUUAUUUCUAUUGUAGUACCAAAAAAAUGGUAAUUUUAACGCGUCUUAGUCGUUUAUGAUCAAAUGCCUGUUGUUGAGCAUAAUGUAAUUCUUUAAAACGCUCGUCUGAAUAUGUUUCGUCCUUGCUUUUUACCAGGGGUGUCUACCGAGUCUUUACUGUAUUGCAGGAAGGAUACUUCGUUAUGUAAACACUAUGAAAGCAAUGUGCACGCCUGGCUUUGUAACUACGGAUAGAAUUAGCUUUCUACACAGUUAUGUGCACAUUUCUAUUGUAGAUGGCGUGGUUGUGAAGAAGUGGCAAGAAUUCAGGCAUGUUAUCAUGUUCGAAGAAAGUAAA